AUGGCCUACCAGGGUGGGGACCAGUAUUACGCCAGCCAGGGGAACGCCGCUCCGUACACGCAGCCUGGCCAGCAUGGCUGCAUGGGAGGAUACGCUGCGCCCAACGGCAACUACCAGCCCAUGCAGCCAGGCGGCGGUUGCCAGAUGCAGAUGUUUGCGCAGGGCGGCUUCCAGAACGGCGGCUUCCAGCAUGGCGGCUGCAGCCCUCAGCAGAUGCAGGGCGGCAACGGGUCCCAGGGCGGCUACGGCACGGGCGCUGGGAUGAGCGGCGGCCAGGACAGUGGCGCCUACAUGCCGCCUCACGCGCGGCAGGGUGCCUACGUCGCGCCCCACGCCCGGCCGAGUGGAGGAGGCGGAGGAGGCAAAGGAGACGCAACGGGCGCGGGCGGUGACCCCAGAGGCGAGGGCAACAGCUACAUCCGCGACUUCAUGAACGAGUACGAGGCGGCGGCGAGCAACUGGGGCAACGCGAUGCCUGCGCUGACCGGGAAGGAGAUCGGGGGCUCCGAGACCGAUCUCACGGAGGCGAAGGUGUGGGGCAAGGGCGAGAUCGCGCAGCCUUACACGACCUUUAACAGCUGCAGUUUCCCCAAGCAGAUCAUGGCCAGUAUCCACGCUCUCGGCUUCGCAGCGCCAACCCCAAUCCAGGCCUACUGCUGGCCCGUUUCGCAGUCUGGCCGCGACUUGAUCGGCAUCGCCAAGACUGGCAGCGGCAAGACGUUGGCCUUCCUGCUUCCGCCGUUCACGACCUUUCUGGGCAGCCGCCCAGAUUACAACGGGCCGCAGAUGCUGAUCAUGGCCCCUACGCGCGAGUUGGCGUGUCAGAUCCAGGCAGAGGCCGAAAAGUUCGGCCGGCGUAUCGGCGUCCUCUCCGUCUGCGUCUAUGGCGGUGCUCCCCGGGGCCCGCAGCUGAGGGACAUGCGCCAGGGCCGUCAUGUCAUCGUGGGCACUCCUGGGCGUCUCAAUGAUUACCUGGAAGGUGGUCAAUUGAGGCUCGGUGUUUGCAAGUACUUGGUGCUGGACGAAGCAGACCGGAUGUUGGACAUGGGCUUCGAGCCGCAGAUCCGCACGAUCAUCAAUGCGAUUCCGCCUGGGCGCCAGACCGCGAUGUUCAGCGCCACGUGGCCCAAAGAAGUGAGGAAGCUUUCCGCGGACUACCUGCGGGACCCGGUGCACAUCCAGAUCGGAUCGCACGACAAUUCUGCCAACAAGGACAUCCAGCAGCAGGCCAUCAUUGUGAGCGGCCAGCGCGAGAAGCAGGAGCACGUGCGAUCGAUCCUACAGACGCUCGGCCCCGAGGACCGUUGCCUCAUCUUCGUGAACACGAAGAAGAUGUGCGAAGAGCUCGGGCACGACCUGUGGCGAGACCGCAUCCGCUGCGGAACCAUCCACGGCGACAAGGAGCAGCGCGAGAGGGACCAGGCAUUGAACGCGUUCAAGGCGGGCCGCUCAACAGUCCUGGCCGCCACCGACGUCGCAGCCCGCGGCCUUGACAUCAAGGGCGUGAAGAUGGUCAUCAACUUCGACGUGGCGAACAAUGCCGAGGACCACGUCCACCGCAUCGGGCGCACGGGGCGCGCCGGGAUCCCAGGCGUUGCCGUCACCUUCUUGGACCGCUCCGAGGGCAAGCAGGCCUACGAGGUGAUGCAGAGCAUGAUCAAGGUUGGCCAGGAGAUCCCGCCCCAGCUGCGGGAGCUCGCCCAGCGCGGUGGCGGCGGCCGCGACUGGGGCCGCAAGGGCGGCAGUCGCUACGGCAAGGGCGGCGCCAAGGGCGGCGGCUGGGGCGGCAACCGCGGCGGCAAGGGCGGCGGGG